AUGGGACUCAAGUUCGGCUGUGGUCAACUUCCAGGCCAAGGGCUCGUUCGUCUUGAGCAGCAGGCGGCGAACCUUCCUGGAGCUCACCCGGCACUGACGUCGGCCCUUGAGGAGAAGGCGCCACAAGGUGAUCCGAUCCCGAAUGGAUUGGCCUUUAGGAGACCAUUCUGCCCCGCCCAUCGACAACUUCCUGCAGUUCUGCUCCGCCAACCGUCGAACUAUGUAGGCAUCAGCGUGUAUCCGAUCGAAUCUGACCGCCUGGGAUUUGGUGAUGACGCCCUGCUGUCGGGCAACAUCGAAUCCUAG